AUGUCGCGACAAAAGGGCCCGUCUGAUGUCGCCAGUGCGACAUCUUUCAUUGUGGGAUGCGGCUGUGACACCACGAAUAAUAAAAAACCGUCAGUUACAAACGUAAUCACAGCAAUCACAAUGCCUCCCGAACGAGCAUUGUGGUCUGAAAAUGACUUGUUGGCUGUUCGAGCGGUAGAAAGAGGAAUACUGAGCAAGCUGCUGAGAAGUAUAAAGCUGUUGAGAAGUAUAAAGUUCCCAGAAGAACCAUUAGGAAUCAUAUUCAGACCGGCAGUU